AUGUCACUUUUCCGCUAUAAUCCGCGCGAUUAUUUUUAUACCUCACCGAUGGAACGUUUCAUAACAGACUUUUUUGAUAACACAUUCGAUGACAGAUCGUCAUAUCGACCGUUGCGAAGUGUUGCACCGUACUGGCUAAAUCAGCCGGCUCUGAAUGAAUGCAAUAUCGGAAAUGCAUUCGGCGAGGUAUCGAAUGAGAAGGAUAAGUUUGCAGUUCAAGUUGAUGUUUCACAUUUUCAUCCAAAGGAACUUUCGGUAUCGGUUCGAGAUCGUGAACUAAUUAUUGAGGGUCAUCACAAAGAGCGUGUCGAUCAGUCAGGACAUGGUAGUAUCGAACGUCAUUUCGUUCGAAAAUUUGUCAUGCCAGAAGAAGUUCGAUCUGACACAAUCGAAUCACAUUUGUCCGAUAAAGGAGUAUUGACAGUUUGCGCAUCCAAAACCAUUGUCGGCCUACCUGAAGCACGGAACAUUCCGAUUCAAGCAUCUCCGAAAGAACCGGAAACAACUCCGAAAUCGCUUUCAAACAGUGCAAAGCAGUAA